UGCAAGUUUUUGAUGGUCACCAAUGCACUUCUAUACUAUACAAAUAUACAGAUGUGGUGAUUGCCUAUAAAACAGACUCAGUACUCGACUAGACCGUUAUUGAAAGACCUCCGAACAUCAAGGCGUCAUUUAUAAAGACUUCCAACAUCAAGGCGUCACUCAGUACUCGACAAGACCGUUAUUGAAAGACUCCGAAACAUCAAAGCGUCAUCUAUUUGAUAUUUUUUAUGAUGUUGAAAAUUCUACUUUUAUGUGUCCUGGUGGAAUAUACUCUACAAGGACGUUAUGGACGUGCGUAUAACCGACACCAAGGCAACAAUGACCGCUACAAAGGUCACACUAACCGCUACAAAGGUCAAACUAAUCGCUACAAAAGUCACAAUGACCGUUACAAAGGAAUAUCUUCUUGGAGCCAUUCAAAACGAUACAGAGGUACCAAAACGACACAAUACUAUAGGUACAGACAAAGGGAGCCUAUUCUGCCUUCAUCUACACAGCACUAUAGGUACGGACCGGGGAAACCUACCCUGCCCCCGUCUACAACAACUCCGACUGUAAGUACAACGCCACCUGGUGGGGGAGAUGUUCGUUUGCCGCUCAAUUUGUAUCCAUUCUUAUAUGACCUUGAGAUACAACCUUUUAUAUAUGAAACAAAUUCAUCAGAUUUCUAUUUCAUUGGAAAAGUUAGGAUUGACAUGGAAUGCAGAAGAUCAACAAAUGAAAUAGUUCUGCACAGUAAUAAGCUUAACAUUACGACAAGUUCUGUGACAAUAACACCAAUGUCACCUGGACAAAGUACAAUUAUUCCUACAAUAGAAUUUGACACUGUCAAUCAGUUCCUGAUUUUGAAAUCAACUACGUCAUUGGUGGCUGGAUCGAAUUAUUCUGUUUACAUUGAGUUUAAUGGUCCUAUACUCUCUAACCUUGCUGGGUUAUAUCAAAGUUCAUACCAACGUGGAAAUGAUACAAUAUAUAUUGCCACAACACAGAUGCAACCAUCAGAUGCUAGAAGAGUCUUGCCGUGUUUCGAUGAACCAGCUAUUAAAGCAAGAUUUCGUGUGACUGUGAUCAGAAAACAACAUCUUAUUUCCUUGUUCAAUACGAACCAAAUCGGAUCCACUGACUUAGCUAACGACUGGAUAGCGGAUCGUUACGCAGAUACACCAUUGAUGUCAACGUACUUAUUAGCUUUGGUUGUUUGUGAUUUCACAUUCAUAGAAGAAAGAACUGCCAAUAAUAUAUUAUACAAAGCGUGGGCUCGUCCAGAAGCUAUCAAUCAAACAACAUAUGCUUUAGACGUUGGAGUCAGAAUUUUGACUUUCUUUGAGGAGUACUUUGCUACAUCAUUUCCGCUUCCGAAACAAGAUAUGAUAGCAGUUCCCGAAUUUUUGUUUGGUGCAAUGGAGAACUGGGGACUGGUGGUGUACAAAGAAAAGUCCAUGCUGUACGAUCCUCUGGACACAGCAGAAAUUGAUAAACAGUUUGUAACAAUGGUUAUCUCCCAUGAAUUGGCACACAUGUGGUUUGGGAACUUAGUGACACCCGCAUGGUGGGAUGAUUUAUGGCUCAAUGAAGGAUUUGCCAACUAUAUAGCAUUUGUUGGAAUGGACUUCAUACACGAAGACUGGCUGGUGCUCGAUCACUUUGUUGUCAAUAGUGUUCAGAGAGCUUUAAGUGUUGAUGGACUUAUUUCCUCACAUCCUAUAUACGUUCCUGUUUCCGGUACAGCUGAAGUUUUCCAAUUAUUUGACACUAUUUCAUACGAAAAGGGUGGAUCUGUUAUAAGAAUGAUGCAAUUCUUUUUGGGUGACGAAACAUUCAAAAGAGGUAUGCAGCUAUACAUAACAGAGAGAGCAUACGGUGCAGCUACACAUGACGAUCUGUGGGACGCUUUAGGAAGACUAUACAUAACAGAGAGAGCAUACGGUGCAGCUACACAUGAUGAUCUAUGGGACGCUUUAGGAAGACAAAGUGUUAUAGAUGGUAAGUUACAACAGGUUAAUGAUGUUAAAAGAAUAAUGGACACCUGGACUUUGCAAAUGAACUACCCAACAGUUUUCAUGAAAAGAAAAGGAAAUAACAUAACACUAAGUCAAUCCAGGUAUCUACGUGACAAAACUGCUACUGAUCCUGGAAAGUAUAACUCAACUUUCGGAUAUAAAUGGGAAAUACCUGUCACACUUACAACCCAAACUAGUAAAGAUUUCAACCAGAACGAUACUGACAUAAUCUGGAUGGGAAAAGACGGGUCAGACGUUUUACUAUCAGGAGUAAUAAGUGGGAAUGACUGGUAUAUAGGAAAUAUAAGACAAUAUGGGUUCUACAGAGUAAAUUACCCAGAAGACAAUUGGAUCAAAUUAAUAGAUCAACUAAAAACGGAUCAUAAAGUUAUACAUCCUGUAAAUAGAGCUCAGAUAAUUAAUGAUGCAUGGAACUUUGCAAAGUAA